AUGGUGCCUGCUACACUACCUACCACUGUUGCCCCCAGUUCAUCAUCUGUGGGGCCUCCUCCUACCCCUGCAAUACACCCUCCUCCUACCUCUGCAAUACACCCUCCUCCUACCCCUGCAGUAGACCCUACUCCUACCUCUGCAAUACACCCUCCUCCUACCCCUGCAAUAGACCCUACUCCUACCUCUGCAAUACACCAUUCUCCUACCCCAGCAACAGACCCUCUUCCUCCUCCUGUGAUUAUAACCCCUACUCCUUCCCCUAUGCUUAUUAUCCCCACUCCUCCCCCUAGUUUCGCAAUAAUUGUGCCAAAGCCUAGAGGAACAGAGCUUCUGAAAAGGGUGGCACCCUGCAUACUGGCACAAGCUCUAGGACGGGCGAUCCAUGUUGAUGAGGUCUUUGCACAGACUCAUGUUCGGAAGGCAUCGAGAGGAGGUACUCUGAAGCAUCAACCUUCUUCUUCCACCACUACUGCUGACGAGGCCGUUGUCUGCCUCACGCAGGCACUAGAGCAACAUGACCAGGAAAUUACUGAUUUGAGAGCAGAGUUUAAAAACUUUAAGGCCCUGAUGAUUGGAUGA